UAGACACCCGGAAGUUACCCGUUGUUUUGCAAUUAUGUUUUCAAUGAAAAUCUAUGCUAGUUGAGGUUGAUAUCUUCUAUUGAAUGAUUUGAUAAUAUAUUAGCUAGGGUUGAGCCUGCUGCAUGUUGACUGAAGAAAGGACAUGACGGUUUGAUUGGUCACGUACUCAUUUUGAGUGGGACAUGUUUUCAAAGAGGACAUAGGUGGGCUAUGUCUGUCCUCAGCUAUGACGCAUCUGUGGAAUUGUGAGCAAGCAGUUCGAAAGGGCAAUGAUUGGAAGCCAAUUAUCAAUAUCUCUCAGCAAUUGAAGCUGUAAUGUGGAUAACUUCCAAACAGUAAUAGCUAUGUUUAGUCACUAUUGUGAAAACUUGGGGACAAUGUUUUAUCUAUAAUUUUAGAUUUUUUCAAAUCUACUUUUUAAAUUAUGUGUUAGCGAUAUUAUCAUCAUAGUUAUGGCUGCAUUGAGUGCCAGAAGCUUCCUCUUAAACCUAAGGUACACCGUCCAUAGAGUUGGAAGUUCUGUAAGAGUCCGACUCAUACCUAGCACUAGAACAUGUCUUGUCAAAAGAGGCCAGAUUUUAACCCAGAUGCCAAAAGUCACCCUGCUGUGCUGGGGAGCAGUGAAUGCCACAUCCUGUAUGGCAAGAUGCCAAGAGGCCUCCCUGGCACCCCAGACUACAGACAGGAAGUCUGUAGCCAAAGUCCAGGUGCACAAGCUGGUGUUCUUCUUGCGCCUCAGCCUGCGCGCCCUGGUGUUACUCCUGAAGUUCGGCCCGCUCCUGUUGCUCUAUCCUCUGACUGUCAUCUCCUCUUACUGGGCCUCUCGCUGGCUGGAUGCCCUGCUGUGGGUCACUGAGACCUCUGGUCCUACCUUCAUUAAGUUGGGCCAGUGGGCCAGCACACGUAGGGACAUCUUCUCCCAGGAUUUCUGCGAAUGUUUUUCCAGGCUGCACGUGCGUGUGCGUCCCCACUGCUGGGCCCACACCAAGCAGUGUCUGCGCCGAGCAUUCGGGGAGGGCUGGAGGAGGCUGUUUGUGUUUGAGGGCAGGGAGCCUGUGGGGUCAGGAUGCGUGGCUCAGGUGUACCGGGGAUGGGCCAGGGUGGACAGCGUGGAGGACACAGCCUUCCAGGCCCUGGUGGAGGAGAUGGAGAGAGAGGAUAUGCUGGAGGCCUGGGAGAUCCUGGGACUAAAGGGUGUCCUGGGGACUUUUAGGGGGCUGUGGAAGGGGAAAGAGGAUGAGGAGGACGAGGGCCAUCAUGAAACCGGGGAGAGGAGCUACACAGACGCCCCUAAUGGGGACGGUACAGAGAAAGAGCAUCUGAUUCCUGUAGCUAUUAAGGUGCUUCAUCCAGGGAUCAGGAGACAGGUAGAGAUUGACAUGCUACUGAUGAGGGCAGGCAGCUGGCUCAUCAACUGUCUGCCUGGAUUCAAAUGGCUCAGCCUGCCUGAGAUAGUGGAGGAGUUUGAGGUGCUCAUGACCAAACAGAUUGACCUGCGGUUUGAAGCCAAUAACAUCGAAAAAUUCCGGGAGAAUUUCAAGGAUGUUGAUUUUGUCAAGUUCCCAACUCCUCUUCGACCAUUUGUCACCAGGUCAAUUUUAGUGGAAACCUUUGAGGAGAGUGAGCCCAUCUCCAACUACCUGAGACCGGAGGUCCCUCUAAAGGUGAAACAGAGAAUUGCCAGGAUGGGAGUGGAGACACUUCUCAAGAUGGUGUUUGUGGAUAACUUUGUGCAUGCGGACCUGCACCCGGGUAACAUCCUGGUCCAAUGUAGUGGGGGUGGAGGGAACAACGACCCCCAGGAAAGGGUCACCCUGACGGACCUGUGCGACACAGUGGUGGUGAGCAUGAGGCCGGCCCCGGCCCCUCUGCAGCUGGUGCUUCUGGACGCUGGCAUCGUGGCACAGCUCAACGACAGAGACCGUAGGAACUUCAGAGCCGUGUUCACCGCCGUGGUGCUACGACAGGGGGAACAGGUGGCAGAGCUGAUCCUGAACCAUGCCAGGACCAAUGAGUGCCAGGACGUGCCACGGUUCAAGAAGGAGAUGGCAGAGCUGGUGGACCAUGCCCUCAGCAACACUCUCUCACUGGGGAAGGUCCAAGUAACUGAUUUGCUAUCCAGAGUCUUUGGAUUGCUCAUCACCCACAAGGUGAAGUUGGAGAGUAACUUUGCGUCCAUUGUGUUUGCCAUCAUGGUGCUGGAGGGGCUGGGGAGGUCUCUGGACCCGAACCUGGACAUACUGGAGCUGGCCAAGCCUCUGCUGCUCAAGAACGCUGCCUCCCUCCUCUGACCCCUCUCACCCGCAUACCACCACAUCUGAGCGCCACAGAAAUGGGCAGUGUUUGAGAGCAUCACCGACUGAGCAGGCUGACAUACAGUGGGGCAAAAAAAAGUAUUUAGUCAGCCACCAAUUGUGCAAGUUCUCCCACUUAAAAAGAUGAGAGGCCUGUAAUUUUCAUCAUAGGUACACUUCAACUAUGACAGACAAAAUGAA